AUGUCUCCAACUGAAGAACACAAUGAUCCGGCCUGGCCCCCAGGCACUGUCCGUCUCGAAGAGGAGGACCGCUCAAAUGAGAUCAUCCUGCAGCCUCAGCCGACACGAGACCCCAAUGAUCCACUGAACUGGCCAAAGGGCCUCAAGUAUCUGAACUUUGGCCUCGCAGCUUUCUAUUCUUUGAUGGUGUUUGCACUCAUCGAUGUUGCAACCCCAACCUGGGGUCCUAUGCACGAAGAGCUGGGCUUCAGCUAUGAUGCGCUGAACAACAGCUACGCCGCUGGAUGUGCCGCGCUCGCCGUCGGAGCCCUCGUCUUGAUUCCCUUCGCGCUCAAGUACGGUCGACGCCCGGUCUACAUCUUCAGCACCGCCAUCCAGAUGGGCGUCUCCAUCUGGUCUGCUCGCCAGCAAAACGUGGUGGACUUGAUGAUGGUCAACAUUAUAAGUUGCUUCGUCGGUGCUCUCGCCGAGACUGUCGUGCAGAUGACCGUCGCCGACGUCUUCUUUGUCAACCAGCGAGGAACCAUGAAUGGCCUGUACUUCUGGUCAACCAGAAUCGGUGCAUCUCUUGCCCCAAUGGCAGCAGGCUAUGCCACCGUCUCCCAGGGGUGGCGCUGGGUCUGGUGGUGGGUUGCCAUCCUUUUUGGGCUUCUCCUGGUGGCUAUGAUUUUCGCCUACGAGGAGACGAAGUUCGUUCCUACAGCCAUUGAGGGCGUUAACCUGGCCUACGGGGAGGGAAUGACCACCAUCGAAGACAAAGAGACAAAAGAUCUUGAACUGGCUCGUGCCAUGACACCAGUCGAGGCUCCCUCAAGAAAGCUUGCGGUCGCUUCAAUCGACCCUACCAUACCCAGGAAGACGUACAAGCAGCGACUUACCCUCACGACUUCAUCACCAGGGACUCCUCAUUCCUUCUUCCGCCACUGCUACCAGCCAUUCCAGAUUCUCUUCUCAGUUCCAGGCGUCUUCUACAUGUCCCUCGUCUACGGUGGCAUGAUGGUUGCAUCCAAUGUCCUGGUCACGACCGUUUCCAACUGGAUGACUCGGGCCCCGUAUAACUUUGGUGCCGAUCAGAUUGGCCUCAUGAGUCUCGCUCCGUUCACCGGAGCAACUUUGGGGACUCUCAUCUGUGGCCCCUUGAGUGAUUGGUUGAUCCUCGUCCUCGCCAAGCGGAACAAGGGCAUCUACGAGCCUGAGAUGCGACUCUGGGUUAUGGCAGCAUUCGCUCCUUUCGUGCCUAUCGGAAUGAUCCUGUUCGGUGUUGGGCUGAACAGCGGCUGGCCUUGGCCGAUCCUCGCUAUCGGCUAUGGCAUGUGUAGUUUUGGAACAGCUCCAGCAGGCACCAUCGCCUUGACCUAUAUCACCGAUGCCUACACUGAGAUCGUGGGUGAUGCCAUGGUCGGCGUAACGUUUACUCGUAACGUGUGCUCUACUAUGUUCAUCUUCGCCCUCCCACACUGGAUCGCCUCCGCCGGACUGCAGAGUGUUUAUAUCACCAUGGGCGUUCUAAUUACCGCCAUUCUUCUUGGAAGUGGGGUUUUUAUCGCAUUCGGCAAGGGAUUCCGUUUCCGAUUCCGCGAGACUUAUAGGUACUUUUCUGUGAGGCAGUUUGAGCCGAGGGUUGUGUAA